CUUAUCAAAACAAAUCACCAUUGCAAACACGAAGGUACCGUACCGGUUUCGUAGCACCCGUCCUUAGCUCCUCAACGUACAGCAGGCAACUGAUAGAGGUCUUGGACGACAUUUGCCUAUUGUCUACAAUCAAUCCAAAAUAGAUAUUCAAUUCGCUGUCAUGUCUAUUGCUACAUUUACCACCUCUAUGGGGACCUUCAAGGCCGAGGUAAGAUACGGCUUUCGAGACGGGCAAACAACCGAGUUCAAGAURCGGUGCUAGCGUUAGAGCYGAUUCGGGCUCUCUCGCAAGUCUAUUGGACCGCAUUGUUUGAUUUGUGCCGGCCAUUGUUCGCAUGCAACAGGUGUCRAURUUUUCCACGGGAUCCACGGAUGAUGAACAGAUUCAUACUGGCAUCAUGGAUUGGAAAUACGAGGUGCUUCUUUGUUUUUUGUGUUCAAUGCUAAGAAGUGCCUGUCGUGACUCACCAACUCGAUGCUAUUGCACUGUGUCUGGAUAUCUCACGGAUGAAUCAACCAUCAUCGUUGCUUCAGUUGUACACCGACAGGAUGCCAAUUACUUGCGGUAACUUUAUCGAUCUUGCGAACUCUGGAUUCUACGACGGUCUUCAUUUUCAUCGCGUGGCGAGUAUAUAAUUGUGCUACGAUUCUUCAAGAGCUCAAAAUGGAUAAAUACGAGUUGACUGGGCAAUAAAGCAAUCAAUCAAUAACCAUGCAUAUCCUUCUCACAAACAUAUGUCUCGUUCGGAUUGGUAUUCAUAUUUAUACUACGUGCAAAUGAAAUAAUGUUACAGAUUCCUGGUUUCAUGAAUCAAUUCGGUUGCCCCUACUCGAAAGACCCUAACAGUUCACGCUCGGGUAAGUCUAGAUUGCAGUAUUAUUAAAAAGAAAAGAGCGACRACGUUCCGGCAAAUUAGCAUGCAGCGUACGCUCCUUCCCUAACGAACUGGAUCCGCCCAUUCUCCAAUGGAAAAAUCUAUCGGAAAACGUUUUUGGGCUGGUAUGUUAUCGUGAACAGGUACUGGUGGCCCAAUGCAAAAAACUGCUUUCAAAAAUUGCAAUGGAGAAAGCAUGCUUCGCAAUCAUGAUGGAUGCAUUCCCGAUGAAAUAGGAGAUGGGCACCCAAGAAUUUCCAACAGCGUUGGAACUUUAAGCAUGGCAAAUACCGGUAAGGCAACAGAGUGCAUCAUUGAAUGACUAGGCAAUUUUGAUUGAUGGAGGUUACCUCCCUUCCAUAUUUAUCCAGGUUUUAUCAUCCAACAGGAUAUCAUUUUUUCCAAUUUCUUUCUUCCGUUUAUAGGAAGACCCAACAGCGGAGGUUCCCAGUUCUUCAUCAACGUGAGUGACAACACAUUCCUUGACUGGUUCGACAGCCAAACUCCAGCUGCACACCCUGUAUUUGGAAAGGUUAGUAGUGRCAAAUCCAUGAACUCGCGGCCUUGUAGAUUGGCAGUGUCAAAAAAGACCGUUUCAAAUUUUGAUCAACCCUGACGUCCUAACGUUUUUGGUGGUUCAAUUCUAGGUGGUUGAAAAUAUGGAUCUUGCGUUCAAAAUCUCCAAUGUUCCCACCCGCAAUGACAAUCCUGUCACGCCAAUCAAGAUGAUCUCGGUUCGUGUUGCUUAAUUCAGAAUGAAAUUGAAUUGAUU